AUGUCUGUGCAUUACAAGUUCAAAAGUGCGUUGGAUUACGACACUGUUACCUUUGAUGGAUUACACAUAUCUGUAGGGGACUUAAAAUCUGCUAUAUCUCAACAAAAACGGAUUGGGAAAACUUCAGAUUUUGAUCUACAAAUCACCAAUGCGCAAACAAAAGAAGUUUAUGUAGAUGACCACACUCUAAUACCAAAGAACACAUCACUUCUGGUUGCUAGAGUACCACUAUCACAACAACCUAAGAAACAGUGGGAAGGAUCAAACAGUAACCAGUCAUCACUGCAUAAAGAUGUCGCUCCUAACAAGGGACUGGCUGAUCUGUCUCGCAUGGAAGGUAGCGAACAGGAUAAAAUAAAUGCUAUGAUUUCACAAUCUACCUUUGACUACGACCCUAGCAAUUAUCAAAAAAUUAGAGGACAAAAUCAAAGAGGUGUUGUUCCUUCCAAUUACAUCUGCUAUAAAUGCCAGAAGCGUGGCCAUUGGAUUAAAGAUUGUCCUGCUGCAAAUUCGAGUGAUCCAAUAGAGAUAAGGCGUAGUACAGGCAUUCCUCGUAGUUUUAUGGUCCCUGUCGAAGGACCAAAAGCCCCAGGCGCCAUGAUGACUCCAAGUGGAACUUUUGCUGUACCAGCUGUUGAUCGUGAAGCGUACUUGGCUUCCGAGAGCGCUGGUGGAGCAGACACGCCGACUAAUGCACCCGCUGCACCUGAACCAAACAUACCGGAUGAACUAAUCUGCAGUCUGUGUCGUGACUUGCUGACCGACGCUGUCAUGAUACCAUGCUGCGGCAACUCGUUUUGUGACGAAUGUAUACGUGGAGCCCUUUUGGAAUCAGAAGAUCAUGAAUGUCCGGACUGCAGAGAAAAGGAGAUCGCUCCAACAACAUUAAUUCCUAAUAGGUUUUUAAGGAACUCAGUGUCGUCGUUUCGUAACCAAACUGGUUACAGCAGAAGAAUGCCCCACCGGCCAGCUGCAGCGCCCGUCCAACAACAACCGCCAGUGAUUGAACCUGCACCGAAUGCACAAGUAGUGCAACCACAGAGUGGUCCCAGUCAACCUAACCCAAGUGGAAGUGAGAGUCGGGUCGGGGCGAGUGGGGUCGUCGCAGCAGGGAGUUCGGCUCCAUUGGGGGGCGGGGGUCCGGCGGGCGCGGGGGAGGAGUCGGACGGGUCGGCCGACGACAACAUCACGCUGACGUUGCCGGCGGCCCGCCGCGCGCCGGCGCCGCAGCCCCACUCCGACCACCACCGCCACCACCCGCGCUACGGACCACCACCGCCACAUGGAAUGAAGCCUCCUGGCUUAGAAGUCUCAGCAAUUCCCAUGAAUUUGCCGAGAAUUGACGAGCAACGCGCCAGUACGCCUACUAUAGAUGAAAGACGAGAUCCAAUGUCCUCUCAGGUCGUGUAUAAUCGUGGACCGCCACCGUUCAUCCCAGGUGGACCGCCACCGCCACGACGUUAUAACUCACCAUUCGGCAGAAAUUUGGGACCAAGUGGACCGCGACCAUAUAACGACCGAUACCCUCCGGAACCUUACCAGCCUCCGCCACCCGGCAUCAAGGACUCUCCAACUAACGGGCAUGGCGAGGACCCUCUCGAGGCUUUCAACCGAAUGAUUCGGGAGAAGGAAAUGCGAGCAAAGCGGCGAGAAGAAGAGCGUAGACGAGCGCAGUCAGGGUCUCGCAGCCCGCGGUCACGCACCCCGAGGUCUCCGCGCUCGCCGCGCUCGCCUCGCUCGGGGCGCUCCCCGCGCUCGCCGCGCCCCCCACGUUCGCCUCGCUCGCCUCGCUCGCAGCGCUCACUGCGUUCGCCACGUUCGCCACGCUCGCCUCGCCUCCGUCCGCGUAGUCGAGGCUCCAGCCGUCUUCGAUACUCUAGAUCACGGUCUAUAUCGCGCGGUCGGUUGCGACGGUCACCUUGGUCGCCACGACGUCGCCGUACUCGCGAAAGGACAUUGUCGCUUACCAGAUCGCCAUCUCCACGUCGCCGCCACCGCUCCCCGAUACGCUACCGGUCCCCGCUGCGGUCCCCGGCCGCGCGGUCCCCGCUGCGGUCGCCGGUGCGGUCGCCGCUGCGGUCGCCGGUGCGAUCUCCCCUGCGCUCCCCUCACCGCCCACCUAUGCGCUCGCCGCCGCCACGCAGUAUGUCUCCUCAUCGUUAUGCUGGUGUUUACGACGAAUUGUUGUCGCCGCCCCGUCGUACAGUAGAGCCGCCCUACGGAGCCAGAUAUGGACCAAGAAGCAGUGUGCCACCUCCUGGAUAUCCACCGAUGGGGGUGAAGCAGAUGCCUCCAAUGAGUAACAUGAACGUCCCACCUGAACAACCAGGUUAUCGUGGUCGUUAUGAUGCUCCUCCGUUUGAAGAAAUUCCACCCGGUGUUGAACCACCCGUUCCUGGAUUUGAGCCGUCACCUUUUGAAAAACCACCAUUUGGUCCGUCUGGACCAAUUGACCGUGAGCGUUUGCCUCCACCGAAUUAUAGAGAUCCUUAUCGACCGCCUCCUUACAAUGAAGGCCCUACAAGUUACAGGGAUAUGUCAAUACCACCACCUGUACCGAAUGAAAUUCCAGUUCACGUAGGUGAGCAGCCGCCACGGUAUAGAGACAAUUAUAGACCAGGUCAUUACCGUGACCAACCGCCCAUGCCAUUCAGGGAAGGCCAAACAUACCGAGAGCCUGGACCACCUGGGUCAUAUCGUGACCCUAACUUUAGAGGGGGACCGCCUCCAUUCCGUGAUGGCACUUACCGAAAUGCUCCUUACAGGGAAGGUGGGUUCCGUGAUAAUCCGCCUCAUAAUAGUUUUCGUGAGCCAACAGCUCCUUUCAGACCACCUAGUGCAGAUCCUCGAGAGCCAGGACCCAUUAACUAUCAUGAUCCAAAUUAUCGCGAUAAUUUCAGAGAGGAAAACGCUGCUUCUCGAGGCCUUAAUCGUCCUGGUUUUAGAAAUAAUGUUCGGAACAGGGCUGCUCCAAGACGAAAUGCUAAUGUCGAACAUGACAGACACAGAGACCGAGAUGUUCGUGAUAGAGAAAGAUACAAUGACAAUCGAGAGCCAACAGAAAAAACAGAGAGAACUCGAGAUUCUGACAGGAGAGCAGGAUACGACAAGCCUCGCGAUGCUCGUGAAGAUCGAGCUAGAGAAUAUGAAAGAGUUCGGGAUCAUGAAAAAGAACGUGAACAUGAUAAGACAACUCCAGACAAAAAAGUUAGAGUCUCACCAAAGCGGAGUAGGGAAGCACGUGAGAAGAAACGUAGUGAGUCUAGAGGACGUUCUCGUGAUCGUGAUAGUAGAAGGGAGAAAAAAGAAGAAAGAACUCGAGACAAAUCUUCUGCAGAUCGAAACAGGGAUCACAAAGAAAAAGAAAAGAAACUUAAAGAUCGAAAGAAAAAGAAGCGUGAAAAGGAAAAAGAUACCGAAAAGAAAAAGAAACGUGAUAAAAAAGAUAAAAAGGAUAAGGAUCACGUGAAAAAGGAGGACGAUGAACCUGAAAAGGAGGAAGUGAAUAAAAAAACUGGCAAUGAAUUGAAUAAAACAGAUAUUGAUAAACCAGCCGAUGUUAAAAUAGACAAUGUGAAUGCUGAUACAGUUUUAAUAAAUAGGGAAAAAUCUCCUAAAAUACAAUCUCCGGAGAAACCGGCUGAUGAUUUAUACGGCGAUGAAGCUUCAGAAGCUGUUGACAAAGAAAUUAUAGAAAAUUAUGUUAAAACUGAAGAAAAAGGGGCACUAGAAGAUAGUAUAAAUAAUUCAGAUAAUGUAAACAAUUCUAAAGAAGAACCGUUUGACGGUAUCGAGCUUCAAGCCAAUGCAGACGAAUUAGAUUUAAAGGUUGAUACUGAAGUAUCUAAUCCAACAAACAAGGAGAUGUUAGCAACAUUGCCUGAAUUAUCCAAGUGGGAAGUAGAUGAAGAUAACGUAGAAAAGGCUAAAGAACCAGGAGAGAUAACUUCUCCAGAAGAAGAAGAAGAUGGGAGCAAAGUUACAUCUGAUGUAAUUAAACGCGCUGAAAAAGCUAUAUUUGCCAAAGCAAUAACUUCAUUGAGACCUAUAGAAAUUAAAAAGAUCAGUACUGAUCGUCUCAAACUUUACGAUGACGAAGGACAAAAACCACCAAUGAAUAAUAUACAAAUUACGGUCCCGGUAACUGAUUCCGAACCGAGGUCAAUUGAAAUUAACGAAAAGAAGAAGAGAUACUCAAAAACUCCACCGCCUCGUUUAUCCGUUAAAGAACGACUCGGCGGGAAGGUAGAGGAAUCCCGAAGGGGUAGAGAAACGCGUAUUGUACAAAGUACUGUAGAACGUGUUAAGUCAAGAUCCAAAACUCCUAAGCGGGAACAGCCUUAUAGACGAGUGACAGUGGAAAGAGAAAGGGGUCGAAAACAGGAGGCUCCUAGAAUAGAAAUGGUUAAAAACGAAAGGCGGUUGAUGUCUGAAGCAGUAAAAACUGAAAAACAUCGAGCGCGAAGUCCCAAUGAAAAGAAAUAUUCUAAAGAAGAUAAAAAGACAAACAUAAAUGAAAACAACGUUAAUCGCGAUCGAGGUCAGGAGAAAAAUGUAUCCGAAGGGAAACAUACCGAUCGUGAGAGGAAAAAAUCCACUUUGGAUGAAGCCCAUUUCGAACCAGAUUAUGACGAAAAUGUAGAAUCUGACCAUGAACAGAAAGAAGAAAAUCCCAAAAAACGGGAACGUUCAGCAUCACCGGCUGAUGUGAGUGAAACUAAAAAAGCUAAACUUGACAAUGACACUAUAAAAUUAGAUUUGACCAAUGUCAAAAAGAAACAUGAUUCGGAGAGUGAAUCUACUAGCGACUCAGAAUAUUCAUCGUCGUCCUCGUCAUCUGAUGCUCGCAAACGUAAGAAGAAGAAGAAACGCAGUAAGAAAAAGAAAAAGCGAGCUGCAAGUGAAAGCGAAAGUGAGUCUGAAUCCAGUUCCGAUGAUCACAAGAAAAAGAAAAAAAAGCGUAAGCAUAAGAAAAAAUCUAGUAAGAAGAAAAAGAAAUCUAAACAUAAGUAA